AUGCAGGUAGUUACUGUCAAAUCAUCCACUUCUCCACUGCAGCUUAAGCGAUGGGAACGGAAGAAGUGCAAGCCAAACAGUCUUACUAUGCUGCACAAGAUGCAUGUUAGGGUUGGCGACACAGUGCAAGUCAUUGCAGGUCGUGAAAAAGGUAAAGUUGGGGAAGUCGUACGGCUUUACAAGCACAACAGCACCGUGAUAGUGAAGGACCUGAACUUGAAUUCCAAGCACAAGAAAGGCACAGAGGAUGAACCGGGAGAAAUUGUCAUGAUUGAAGGCCCCAUCCAUAGCUCGAACAUGAUGCUCUACUCAAAGGAGAAGAACGUGACGAGUAGGGUUGGGCACAAAAUCCUCGAGGACGGCACCAAGGUCCGCUACCUGAAGAGAGUGAUGCUCUACGAUUUGUUGUCUUUCAUAUAG